UCCUCUGCUAGGAGACUGACCCAGCGAUAACACGGCAGUGGCAGCGAGGGGCAGCGCUCGCAUAGCGACAGACCCACGUAGCAGCAGCAGCAGCAGGAAAAAGACGCUCGAGAACGAGGUCCCGUGACGUCAGUAGCGACAGAUUCAGCAGCGCAGCACAGCCCGGGCCCCGACACAGCGACCUGCUGUCACCUCCUCCUCCGGUGCUGUCGUCGCCCGCUGCGCCCCCAGCCCAGAUAAUCAUCAUCAUCAUCAUCAUCACCGCCCGCACCGCCGGCAGCAGCAUCCUCUUCCCGUACCGCCUCCUCCUCCUCCUGCCUUCCUGCAUCCCUAACGGUUUUUAGAAGCUCCUUCCUCUGGUCCCAAGAUGGCUGCUUCGUCGUCAUCUAAUAUAGAGGAUGAAAGUUUAAAAGGCUGUGAAGUUUACGUGCAAAAGUUCAACAUCCAGCAAAUCCUGAAAGAAUGCAUUGUGAACUUGUGCAUUGCAAAACCCGACCGUCCCAUGAAGUUCUUGAGAGAACACUUUGAAAAAUUGGAGAAGGAAGAAUGCAAACAGAUUUUGGCUCAGCAGAAGUCGAACUCCCAGUCGGACUCUCACGAUGAUGAAAUCUCUCCACCGCCUCCAAAUCCAGUGGUGAAGGCCCGGCGUAGGCGAGGAGGUGUCAGUGCAGAAGUGUACACUGAAGAAGAUGCGGUCUCCUAUGUUAGGAAGGUUAUCCCAAAGGACUACAAGACGAUGACUGCCCUGGCCAAGGCCAUCUCAAAGAACGUGCUCUUUGCCCAUCUUGAUGACAACGAGAGGAGUGAUAUAUUUGAUGCCAUGUUCCCUGUCAAUCACAUUGCUGGCGAGACUGUGAUACUGCAAGGCGAUGAGGGUGACAACUUCUACGUCAUAGAUCAAGGAGAAGCUGAUGUCUAUGUGAAUGGAGAGUGGGUAACCAGCAUUGGAGAAGGUGGUAGCUUUGGAGAGCUUGCAUUGAUCUAUGGUACCCCAAGAGCUGCUACUGUCAAAGCAAAGACAGACCUCAAGUUAUGGGGCAUAGAUCGGGACAGCUACAGACGCAUCCUAAUGGGCAGCACGCUGAGGAAGCGGAAGAUGUACGAAGAGUUCCUGAGCAAAGUCUCCAUUUUGGAAUCACUGGAUAAGUGGGAGCGUCUGACAGUCGCAGACGCGCUAGAACCUGUUCAAUUUGAAGAUGGAGAAAAAAUUGUGGUUCAAGGAGAUCCUGGUGAUGACUUCUUCAUCAUUACAGAGGGCACAGCAUCUGUUCUGCAGCGUAGAUCUGACAACGAGGAGUAUGUGGAAGUGGGCCGACUGGGACCCUCAGACUACUUCGGUGAGAUUGCUUUACUGCUGAAUCGUCCUAGAGCCGCAACAGUCGUCGCACGUGGUCCACUCAGAUGCGUUAAGCUUGACCGUCCACGCUUUGAACGAGUUCUUGGACCUUGCUCAGAAAUCUUAAAGAGGAACAUUCAAAGAUAUAACAGCUUCAUCAGCCUCACCGUUUAAUAUGUGCCACUUGGGGAUUGCCAUCUAUGUGUUACCAUGUGCACCCAAGUUUGACUUGUGCAAUUCCAUAGCUUUAUAAGAUAAGAAAGUUGUGCAUUUUAAUGUGAAUUUUUAUGGUCAUGUCUUCUGCACCAGACAUUAACUUUUUAAAUAGUUUGGGUAAUGAAACAUAAGCAUGGCACUUGGGUUGGAGUUUUUAUUCCCACAUCUCUCUGCAUUCAUAAUCUUGGUAAAAUGGUGACAACAGUCACAAAAAACUGCAGAGAGACUGAUGUUUCUCAUACAAACCACCAGUGAGACAAGUGUUCAGGGUAAUGAUUCUCAUAUUUUGAUUAUGGUGUAGAGGAAACUAAUUUUAAUUUCAGGAUAAAAGAUCAGGGAUGAUAUUAGCCUUUAAUGACACACUUUGCCUAAACACCAGUCAUACACAUUGACUAUUUCUAUCAACCCAACUACUGUAUUUCUUUCUGUUGAUUCCAGUAAAUGAUCAUAAUCCCACUUCAAACACCAUUAAACAAGAUUUGUAUAGGCCAAGCCUCUUUUAAUUUAAAUACAAUGUAAUCAGUUGAGGGAUUAUCUAUCAAAGUCUACUGUGCAGUUUUUUGCCAAUUUAAGAAAUAAAGUAGACUCAACACUAUGUUGUACUUUGUUCAGUUGUCAAAGAUUUUGAUAUAUCAUUACUACAUAAUGAUAGUUGGUGACUACAUUUAUAUAGAUUCCGCAACCAGCUCCACAUUGUUCCUUGCAUAUUGCACAGGAACAUGAUGGAGAGUAGACACUGCUAUAGGACCACUGGUAUGUCAAUACACAAUAGAUUUGUUCCAAGUCAUACUGUAAUAUGGUUUACAGUUGAGGUUUGCACUUAACUUCCUUUAGCUUCUGUUCAACCCAAAGACACAGUAAUAAAUACAUACUAAAUCUCGCAGCCACUUCAUAGGCUUUCAGAAGUGUGAGAAAUACAUGGAUACUAAGAGCAAUUCAUUUGUGUAUCUUUGAGGAAAUGUUGAAAAAAAAAAAAACUACAUACAUACAUACAUACAUACAUACAUACAUACAUACAUACAUAAUGCAGGCCAGAUCCAGCAGCACUGGUUGUUCUGUUUUGUAUAUCUGCGUAUUUGUUGACGGCACAUGGGCAGUUGUGUGUGCAUAAUAACUUGGUUGAUAAUAGGUUGGAAAAUUGCUGAGUAGCCAAGUGACUUAUGUAUCUAAUACAAAUCCAGCUCUGUUUAUUACACUGUGGACAGCUGUGAAAAUGAUUAAUAUCUAAACCGCCUAAAGAAAUUAAAUGGAGAUUGAAACAAAAAAAAAAAAUGCUUGAGAAAAAGUAUCUUUUAAAAUUAAUUUUGUGGUAGAAAAAAAACAUUCUUUCAUGAUGAUUUCCAGACUGCAGCUGACAUGGAAGAACCACAUAAAGCAAGGAGAUGGGCAGCAGAGAGGGGGUGCCACACUGAAUGAGAAAGUGUGCUGGCAUACUCUGUGUAUGUAUACAAGCUGCUUUCUUAUCUGGUUUUGUAGCUGAAACGUUUUAGAUGUGGUCUUUGUGUAUUUAAGAGCAAUCAUUAAUGUCCAAAUUAAGUGGCCCUCCACGGACCUCCUGGCAGUGCUUUUGUAUACGUUUUAUAAUGUCUGUUAUCAGCAUUCACAGCUUUUUGUACAUUGGCUUUGUUAAAUCAGACGUGCUGGAAAGAUUUUGCUGUGAGCAUGCGAGCCACUGUGCCCAACAGGCAACAUCACACAUUCCUUAUACAAAUGUCCCGUCAUAAUAGCUUAAAGGAUAAUUCCACUUUUAGAUGUCCCAUAGACUGUCUAUCUUUUUGACUAGGAUUCCCAAGAUGAGCUUUAAGAGCCCUUACAAGGAAGGUAUUAUUUGGUGGCCGCAGACGAUAAACCAAAAAAAGGAAGCUGGGUGGGUGCCUUAAUUUAAUUAUAUUACUUGCCUCUUAAACUGAGCAAACUGACUAAAAGUGGAAUUAUUUGUUUAAUAUCAGGUUUGAAAAACUUUAUUGCCUUUUGCUCAUGCUUAAGACAAUUAUCUGUUUGACAAUAAACGUGUACUCUGCAAUGAAA